UCUGUAGACUCAACUCUGCACCUUUCAAACUCUGGCUUACAUUGUCAAUCACACUGCCGUGUACUCCAACCAGCUCGGUUAGGCAUUCACUUCAGUCAUGGCAGACAAAAAAACCACCAGCAGAGCAAACUUGACAAAAAAGAAAGAGAAGAGUGCAGAAAUCAAGGCUGAAAAGGAAGAGAAGAAAUCUGAAAACAAAGCAGAAAAGGAGAAAACGAAGCCUGAGAAGAUCCCAGAGAAGGCCAGUGAAGAGGAUGAGAAGCCAAAAGACAAUAAGGAGACAGCUGAAGGUGCACAGGGAGGUGCUGAGGAUGGGGAAUUCCAACUGGAGCCUAUAGAGCUGCCACCAUUUGAGAUUAUUGUAGGGGAUCGGCUCUGCCCGCACUUCUUCAAGUUCCAGUUCAAAAACGUGGAGUACUGCGGAGGCCGAAACAAAACCUUUCUAUGCUAUCAGGUGGACAUUCAGGGCGGUUCAGCAGAACCCGAGGGGCUUCGUGGGUACAUGGAGGACGAGCACUCAGGUAGUCAUGCUGAGGAAGCUUUCUUUCAGCAGGUGUUACCUCAAUAUGACAAAUCACUACAAUACACAGUGACCUGGUAUACAUCAUCCAGUCCCUGUGCGGCGUGCGCCACUAAACUAUGGGAGAUCAUGAGAGUCCGCAAAUCACUGCGCCUCAACAUCCACUGCUCCCGCCUCUUCAUGUGGGAGGAACCUGAGGUGCAGGAGGGGCUAAAGGCACUGGCAAAGGCAGGGUGUAAACUGCGGAUGAUGAGGCCGCUGGACUUCACCUACGUCUGGUCCACUUUUGUGGAGAAUGAGGAAGACAGUUUCACACCCUGGGAAGACUGUCAAGAGAACUAUGUGUACUACGAUGAAAAGCUGACCAACAUUCUGCAGUAGGGGUUCGUUACCAGUUUUCUUUCACUGCACGUGGCAUCUUUUAUAUGCUGGAAAGCUGUAUUUAUCCAACCAACCACUGCAGAACUGCAGUAUCUAAAUGUGUUGUUAAAAUGGAGUAACGAAGUACAAAUACUGCACUACAUUUUGCUUAUUUGUAUGGAAACUUUAAAGUUUAAAUUCUGUUUUGUUUUUUAGCUUUAUAAAAGCAAGUACUGUUGUAAAAUGACAAAUUUAAUAAAAAGCUGAGACAGUAUGUAUGAGAAAUGAAAAUAAAAACAGCGAGGAUUUGCAAAUUA